GACAAACUCCGCAACAAAUGGUCAGUGGUGAUGUCGGAGAUAGAAACGAAGCGCAACCUCGCCAUGAAGGCGGAGGACGACAUCAAGGAGCUGGCGCGGCUGACGGAGCAGCUGCGCGCCGCCGCCGCCGCCGGACCGCCGGACGACAGCGAGGCGGCGGCGUUAGAGGCGGCGGCGGAGCGCGCGGCGGCACUAGCACGGGAUUUGCGCGCGCAACGAGUGGCCUUCGACGAGCGCGCGCUGGCCGAGGCUCUCGCCAGCUGGAACAAGAUCACCGAAGCGCAGGCCAGGGACAGCAACCAGAAACCGGACGGCGUGGAGAUCCGCGCGGCGGAGCUGGUGACGCGCGUGAACCGCGUGCGCGAGUGCGUGGCGGGCGCGCGCGCGCUGCUGCGGGCGCCGCCGCUGGGCGCGCGCGACUACGACGACUUCCCGCUGCAGGAGGACGCGCUGGCCCGAGUCAAGGCAGCCCUGGCUGAAGCCACAUCCAGCUGCGAGGAGUGCGAGAAAGAGUUUUCGUGGGUGCAGCGGCGCGCGCGGCCCGAGACCAAGGCCCGCGCCGCGCGUCUUCGGGACAAGAUGAACGACGAGCUCAAACAGCUCAAUGAGGCCUUCGAAGAACGCCGGGAAAAAUGGUCAAAGUGCCAAGGCGUGUGGGCUGGUCUAUACGCGGCGCUAGAACAAUGCGGCGAGUGGCUGGACGGCUGCGAGCGCGCGCUGGCCGCCGCCGCCGCGCCCAGCUUACCUUUCAAGGACCUCAAGCAGAAGGUGCGCGACCUCGACCAGCAGAUGACAGCACGACGCGUGCAAGUAGAAGCGGCGCGUGCAGGCGGGCGCGCGGUGGUGGGCGCGUGCGGCGUGCCGCUGGCGCGCGACGUGCAGGACCAGCUGGACGCGCUCAACGAGCGCUGGCACGCCGCGCACGCCGCGCUGCACCACCUCAACACCAGGUAUGACGUCACGACGCGCGCAGGGGGCGCGUGCGGCGUGCCGCUGGCGCGCGACGUGCAGGACCAGCUGGACGCGCUCAACGAGCGCUGGCACGCCGCGCACGCCGCGCUGCACCACCUCAACACCAGGUAUGACGUCACGACGCGCGCAGGGGGCGCGUGCGGCGUGCCGCUGGCGCGCGACGUGCAGGACCAGCUGGACGCGCUCAACGAGCGCUGGCACGCCGCGCACGCCGCGCUGCACCACCUCAACACCAGGUAUGACGUCACGACGCGCGCAGGGGGCGCGUGCGGCGUGCCGCUGGCGCGCGACGUGCAGGACCAGCUGGACGCGCUCAACGAGCGCUGGCACGCCGCGCACGCCGCGCUGCACCACCUCAACACCAGGUAUGACGUCACGACGCGCGCAGGGGGCGCGUGCGGCGUGCCGCUGGCGCGCGACGUGCAGGACCAGCUGGACGCGCUCAACGAGCGCUGGCACGCCGCGCACGCCGCGCUGCACCACCUCAACACCAGGUAUGACGUCACGACGCGCGCAGGGGGCGCGUGCGGCGUGCCGCUGGCGCGCGACGUGCAGGACCAGCUGGACGCGCUCAACGAGCGCUGGCACGCCGCGCACGCCGCGCUGCACCACCUCAACACCAGGUAUGACGUCACGACGCGCGCAGGGGGCGCGUGCGGCGUGCCGCUGGCGCGCGACGUGCAGGACCAGCUGGACGCGCUCAACGAGCGCUGGCACGCCGCGCACGCCGCGCUGCACCACCUCAACACCAGGUAUGACGUCACGACGCGCGCAGGGGGCGCGUGCGGCGUGCCGCUGGCGCGCGACGUGCAGGACCAGCUGGACGCGCUCAACGAGCGCUGGCACGCCGCGCACGCCGCGCUGCACCACCUCAACACCAGGUAUGACGUCACGACGCGCGCAGGGGGCGCGUGCGGCGUGCCGCUGGCGCGCGACGUGCAGGACCAGCUGGACGCGCUCAACGAGCGCUGGCACGCCGCGCACGCCGCGCUGCACCACCUCAACACCAGGUAUGACGUCACGACGCGCGCAGGGGGCGCGUGCGGCGUGCCGCUGGCGCGCGACGUGCAGGACCAGCUGGACGCGCUCAACGAGCGCUGGCACGCCGCGCACGCCGCGCUGCACCACCUCAACACCAGGAUCAGUGCUACCGAAGCGACGGCGGUGAUGCGUGAGGGCGGCAGCGCGUGGGCGGGCGGCGCGCGCGCACAGCUGCAGCUGGUGCGGGACCUGCUGCUGCACACCAGCCCCAACCCCUCCGACCACACCAGCCUCGCCAUCCGCCUCAGCCUCGUCAAGGCUCGCGACGAGGAGGUGUCGACGCGUCUGCGCGACAUGGAGGUGCUGCGCGGCGCCAAGCACCCGCCGAGCGGCGAGCACUUCGCGCAGUUGCACGCGCAGCUCGAGAAGGCACGUGACGAGCUGUCAGCGCACGCGGCGCUGGUGGGCGGCAAGCUGAGCGCGCUGGCCAAGUACACGGCGCGCCUGCACGACGCCGCCGCCUGGGCGCGGGACACGCGCGCGCGUCUGCAGGCCACGCCGCCGCCCGAACUUGAUGCCCUCGCUGAGAUCGUGGCGUCAGUCCGCGCACGCGAGUCGGAGGUUCGCGAAGUAAUCGAGAACUACAACAACAUGGAGCGCGAGUGCGCGGGCGCGCGCCAGUCGGUCGCGCCAGAACUGCGCGACGCGCUGCACGCUCUCACGCGCGACUGGGAGCCGCUACGUGCCGCCGCUACGCCCGCCGUCACCGCCGCCACCGCCGUCACCGCCGCUCCCGACGCGCGCCGCGCCUCCGCCGAGAGCCAGGCCAGCGAUUGGAGCAGCCGCGGCUCGUCGCGGCGCCGCUCGUCGCAGCAGUCGGCGGCGACGCUGCUGGCCAACUUCGACACCGCGGCGCAGCAGAUUCGCGACUGGGUGUCGGUGGAGUCGGACAUGCUGCGCGCGCAGCCGGUCGCCGUGGGCGACGUCGACGACAUCCUGCAGCAGCUGGACAAGCAGAAGGGUGUGUUGCGUGAGUUGGAGCAGAAAAAGCCUCAGUUGGACGAGCUUCUGCACACCGCCGAGAGCCUCAAGGGCACCGAGAACAGACAACAGCUGCACGGCAAAGGUAAGUCCACCGUUAUUUUCUACAACUUCGCAUAUUUUUAGGGGUAAGUCCUUAAAAUAAACCUACUUUAUGUUACAAACUUCA